AUGAAUCCUUUUAGAAAAUCAAAGAAACAUGCAAUUAAAAAAAUAAAUACAAUUAAUAUUUCACAGAAAAAAAAUACAAAAAAUACAAGUAAAAGAGGUCACAAAAAGAAAGUACAAAAAACUGAAGCUAUAGAUAAUCGUGAAAGUAAUACUAUUAAAGAAACUAAACAAAGUUAUAAGAAUUAUAAAGAGAAAAAAAUUAUUACUCCACAAUCACAGAUAAUCGAUAAACUUUUGAAUGAUAGUGAUAGUUCAAACGAAGAUGAUAAUAAUAUUCCAAAUAAGAAUAAUAAUAAUUCAAAUAAAGAUGACAAUAAGAAUGAUAAUAACGUUUCAAAAGAGAAUAGUAAUAAGGCUUAUGAAGCUAUUACACCUUCAAAACUGAUACCAAUUCUAGAAAAAGAAGCUACUGGACUAAUGUCAGCUCUAGAAAUAGAAAUAAAUAGAAGAUUAAUAUCAGUUCUAGAAGAAAUAAUUUCUAAACUGGUAUCUUUAGAUUUGAGAGCUAAUAAUCAAAAUGAAUUCUUGUUCUUUAAACUAAAAUCAGCUUUAAAAUCAAGAACCGAUAGUCAAAAUAACUUUACAUUUUCAAGAAGAGUUCUUUCAAGACUGAAUUCAACUCAAUUAGAUAUUAAUAGUCAAGAAAAGAUUCUUUUGAGAUUGAAUUCAAGACCUCUAUUAGAUAUUAAUAGUCAAGAUGAUGACUAUUUCAUUCCUUCAAGAUUGAAUUCAAGACUAAAUUCAAGAUCUUUAUCAGAUGUCAAUAGUCAAGAUAAUGACUAUUUCACUUUUUUAAAGAGAAGAACAAAUAGUCCUGAUUAUUAUGAUCCCUCAAACAGAGUAUUAUAUUCAAAACCUAUGAGGCCAUCACCUUUAGA